UUUUGAGCGUGAGAACGCCCCGUUUCUGCGUUUGUGGCUGCCUCACUCACUCAGCGCCAAAAACCCUUUUCGAAGAACAUCCUCAGCAUAAGCUACCUUUGUGCUGUGCUGUCUCAAAUGUUUAUGAAGUCGCAACUGCCACCACGCGCCUCCUCUGUCUCUUCGAAAUGACUCGUUUCCCUCGUCUCCAUAUCUUCGCUAGGCCUUUUCUCUCCCCCUUCUUCCAGAAUGAAGGUAGGGAAAUAAUAACUAGGAUUGGCAGGAAUGCCUGCACUCUUUCUUCUACAGCUGAAGAUUCAGAUUUAGAAUGUGAGACGAUCCAUGAUGAUGUCAGAGCAGCAGAAAAAAAUAAUGCACUUUGUUUGGCUGUCUCACAGCUUGCUAGCGAGUUUAGCAAGGAAUCUAUGUUAUCUCUGCAGAAGUUUUUUGGUGUACGCCGUGCUCGUGUGAUAUCUACAGGAUCCUUGAAGCUCGACCUAGCUCUUGGAGUUGGAGGAUUACCAAAGGGUAGAAUUGUGGAAAUUUAUGGGCGAGAAGCAGCUGGUAAGACUACACUUGCACUUCAAAUUAUUAAAGAGGCUCAAAAGCUUGGAGGAUAUUGUGCAUAUCUUGAUGUAGAAAAUGCAUUGGACUUCUCACUUGUGGAAUCAAUAGGCGUAAAUACUGAAAACCUUCUUGUAUCAAAUCCUGAUUGUGCUGAAAAUUUGUUAAGCAUGGUGGAUACAUUAACAAAAAGUGGAGCUGUAGAUGUGAUUGUGAUUGAUAGUGUUGCUGCCCUUGUCCCCAAAUGCGAACUUGAUCAAUUAGGAGUUAGCACUAAGCGAGAUUUACAAUCACGAAUGAUGACUCAAGCUCUGCGGAAAAUUCAUUAUUCAUUAUCUCACUCUCAAACUCUCAUUGUUUUCAUUAAUCAGAUUAGAUUGAGUCCAAAAUCAGAUAAGGAAUGUAGAUCUGUGGAAGAAGUCACUUGUGGUGGAAAUGCCUUGAGAUUCUAUGCAGCUGUUCGAUUGAGACUUUCAAGAAUGGGAUUGAUCAAAACUGAGGAUAAGGUAGAGGGUGUUCAUAUCUGUGCGCAAGUGGUAAAAAACAAACUAGCACCAGCAGCAAUGAAAAGGGCUGAACUGGGUAUCAAGUUUGGAAGAGGCUUUUGCCAUGAGUCAGAGGUCUUAGAUUUGGCUUGUGAACAUGGAGUCAUUGUGCAAGAUGAGGGAAGCUACUUCAUUGAAGGGAAUGUUUUUGAUAGUAGGGAAGCAGCUGAACUGUUUUUGGCAAAAAAUGAUGCCAUUUGUGACCAGUUGGUUAGGGAUAUGAGAAGACUUUAUUUUUAAAAUCUGGUGGAUUUACUAGGCCAAAUCUCUUUCAAUGGUAUGCUUGGCAGACUUUAUGCAAUUGAGCAUUGGCAACACGUUAUCAAAGGCAUUGAUAUUGCCUUCAGUGGGUAUCAACCAUUUUUCAGAUGAGCAUAAGGCAUUUUAAGUUACAGGAAUAUUCAUUGGCUUGGAUCUAGGCAUGCAAUGCUGCAAAUUCACCCGACCAAAUGAGAAAUUUGAUUGCUCUUGUGAACCAUCUGACACACCUUCCUGUGUAUUGCUGAGGAAUGGUGGUUAUAUUCAUUUGUCAAAGAAAUGUGCCAUUAUGGAACUGUAAUGUAAAUGAUGAACUGCUUUCAUUUCUUGUCCCCCUGUCCUUAAUUCUCAGGAUAGAUUCUUCAGAAUGAAAGCAAAAAAUAUUUUUCUCGAAUCAAGUGGUCCCUUGCCUUU